AUGGCGACAGAAGAAGCUUUAGCGCUGGCGGACUUGAUCACUGUCGAGCACGAUGUGGUCCCCUACAUCAUGGAUUGGCCUCAGAUUCCGGCCGACGAUGGCAAGCCCGAAGCGGCCGUCCUUGUAGUGCUGAAGAGGCCGGGUGGAUUUAUGGCCGCAGUUCCUAUUGGUUUCAUGCCCGAAGAGGUUUUGGCCAACGGCAACAUGGAUCCCCGUCCUGGUGUGGUAGGGCCUUCAACAGUUUUGCGGCUUCCUGGUAUGGCCUAUCCCUUCACCCUCGACAUCAAGCAGCCUUUUGCAAUCCCUCAUCCUCACUUGCUUAUAACCUCGGCUCGGGAGUGGGCAGAGGCCAAUGGGGAGACGUCACACAGGGCGUAUUUUUCCGCAGACGGAGGCAUCGCAGAUGGAGCAGAGAUGGAAGCAGGGGAUUCAGCAGAAGACCCACCUGUGACACCAAGGCCAGCCGGCCGCAUGCAGAAGAGCAAAGGUUCCUGCGCAUGGGCCAGAGCGGCCUACACUUGGCGCAAAGCGGCCUACGGUCGCCACUUUGGCGUCCUCUAUGGAGCAGCUGUUGAUGAUGAACCAAGGUUUCAGCAAGAACUUGGAGUCCCUCGCACAAAGGCAGAUCGAGUUGGAGAAGAGAGUGGUGGCCCCUGCAGCAGCGACAGCCCCAAAUGCAGCACUUCACCAGCCUAUCUCCUCAGCACUGAUGCCACAGAUGUCAAGCCUUGGAACCAUAGCACAGAGUUGGAGGACGAGAAGAAAGAGGGCGUCCCCUCUUCCUCCUCAGAUCCUCUUGCCCAAGCAGUACCAGCUCAAUCGCAAGCCUUGACGGCGCUGGUGGCACAGAUCGCCCAGCAGAGCAGCGAUCCUCUUUUGGAGCUCAGCACUACGGGAGCUUCGGCUGGGACCAGAGGUGCGCAGGGCCGAGCUCGUUUACAAGCCGAGCUGGCAGCACAGAAGGGAACCUUUUUCAACUCAGUGCUAGCCGCCAUGUCACGGAGGAUGUGCCCUACCAUGUCACCAGAGGGCAGCCCACAGGAGCUCAUGGACAAGGGCAUUUGUGGAACCCGCUACUUGGAAAGAUUUGGUGGCUAUGGCAAGGUGCGGGAACUGGGCUGUCUUCAGCAUCAAGUGAUGUCCAUCAUGGAUUGCCUGCAGACUCAAAACUGGCAGGCGGCGAGGGAUCAAACAGCUUUGUUGGCGGUCACUUUGGAUCAAGCAGCCCUGGACUCUGGGAAGUUCGACCUGGCUCAACUUCUUUGUCUUCAAGAAGAACCUCCAUCCACGGUGUUCACCAACCAUCAGAAAUGGAUCACAGUUGCAUUGGCCUACAUAAAGGAGCUGGACGUCAUCACCUCGAAGCGCCUGGAACUGACCAGCCAAAGCAGGCAAGGAGUAUUCGGCAGCAACUCCCAAGCCGAAACAAGCUCCGGCCAGCCCAAAGCAAAGCCGGCCCCAAAGAAGAAACAGAAGGGAGGAGGAAAAGGAAAUCCAUCCCACUCUGCAGAAGCCGACGAAGCCUAUGGCCCUGGACUUUCUCACAGGCGCCUUUGGACUUUGGCCAAAACUCGUCUCCUGAACAUUUGGAUUUUGGUUCUGGAUUUCAUGUACUUGGGACGUUGGCCGUCGCUUGAAGAGCUCAGGAGGUCCCCUUGCGUGUGCUGUCUUGCGUGCGUUGGCCGUCGCUUGAAGAGCUUGGGGUUCAAACAGCCAUUUGUUGCCGACCCUGGACUUUUGUCGGUGCACGAGCACCCGGAGUUGAUGCCCUAUCGCUCCUUGGAUGUCAGUCGUUUGAGGCUUGUUGGUGAAGGUAAGUGGCCAAUGGAAUCCUUCUUGAAUGGCCCACUUUGGCUACCUUUUCAAGAACCUGCUUUUCUCUGCCAUGACAUGGAGGUUCCUGUUGGUGCUGUCCCUAACUUUGCUGCCGAAAAGCCCGCCGAAUGUUUGAAGCUUGCUCGUCUUUGGGAUGUGCGUGGCUUGUUGCACCUCGAAGCGCAGCCGUUGAAGCCCGGGUAUUUUUCUCGUGUUUUUAAUGCCUACAAGGAUCAGACCAGAGAUCGGCAGAUAGGUGACAGGAGACUUCCCAACUUGUCCGAGUUUCAUGUGGACGGUCCUUCGAAGUUUUUGCCCCAGGGCCGAUCCCUGGUGUAUCUCCGAUUGCCGAGGUUCACUCAUUGCAUUCGAGGGUCCAUCACUGAUAGGAGGGAUUUUUACCAUCAGGCAGCCGUGACAGAGGAAAGAGCUCGCACGAACAUGCUCCCUUUUGCUUUCCGCUUGAAGACUUCCAAGCGUGCUCUGCGCUUAUGGACUUCAAGGAGUCAUGAGCAGUUGCUUCAGGAUGCUGGCCUUUUGCAUGAUGAUAGACGCAUCCAAGGAAACAGACCUUUUCCCCUUGGUACGCAGUUUGAGGCUCUGGUCAUUGAUGACUAUUUUUGUCUUGGCGUUGAGCGUUUGGCUAGUGACCCUGACAACGGAUUUUCCACUGCGGCUUUGGACUUAGCCCGACAAAGUUACCAUGCCAGUGGACCUUUAGGAUCUCCUGAGAAAGAUGUUUGUGCAGCCUCGACUUUGAAGGCGGCAGGCGCUGAGAUCAGAUCCUGUGAAGCCAAUGUCAGGAGUUGUUUUGUACCGGUUGCAGCUCCUUUUCACAAGCGCUUGGCCCUGUCAAUGUUGUCGCUGCGGACCUCAGCUCUUUCAGGUGUCACUGCUGGACUUUUCGCGCGUUUGUUGUUAAAUUGGGUCAGUGUGCUAAAAUUUAGGAAGGUCUGGUCUUCCCUUGUUGAUGAGGCGUUUGCCUUCGGUGCCCUGUGCCAAGAAGAUCCUUCACAGAUCUUCAAAAUGCCCAGGAAAGUUGCACAGGAGUCACAGGAGAUUUGUAUGCUGGCCUCGGUUUCUCCCUUGAUCGUUUCCAACAUCAUUGCUGUGGAUUACCUUGGUGAAGUUUUUGCUUCGGACGCCUCAUCGUCAAAGGGGGCUAUCAUCCAGGCUCCUAUUUCCACUGUCACGGAAACUGUGCUUUGGUUGGACUCUGAUCAGAAACCUGGCUACGUGACUUUGGAUAACACUUUUCGUGCGGUUUUGCGUGGGCUUGGUGAAUUUGAUGAGGGGGAGAGCCUCCCUCAGGUACCCGAAUCGGCAGAAGGACCUUUCAAAGCUCCCCUCAUCCUCAUGUACUAUGACUUUGUUGAGAUUUGCGGAGGGGCAGGAAAGAUCACCUCAGCAAUGGCCUCUUUUGGUUUUGUCUGUGCCCCGGUGUUGGACUUGUCGGCCUCACGUCACUAUGAUCUUGCCUCCUUGCGGCUGUUGGAGUGGAUCAUUUACAUGAUCGAAGGCAACAGGUUCAAGAGCUUCUUUGUUGAGCCACCCUGCACCAUCUUCAGUCCAGCUGUUCGGUCCUACCGUGAGCCCUUGGGUUUUGACCGUCUCAAUCCUAAGACCUUGCAUGGGAACGUCUUGGCCUUCAGAGCUUUGGUUUUGUUGAGGGUUGGAAGUCACUCUCAUGUGCGCAUUGAGGGGGCCUACACAAAGCCUUCAGCAACUUACACUGACGGUGUUGCCCUGCACAUUGCAGAAGCCUUUCGAAGAGCCCUGCGUUUGCUUGCGGCGCGUGAAUGUUUGGAGCCUGCUGUUCUUGGUCAUGAGUCGGUCUUGGCAAAUGAUGUGAUGAUUACCUCAAAAUGGAAUUUGGUGAGGGAUUGGUUUUGGAAGAGAUCUGGCCACAUCAAUGUCCUUGAGACUUCUGCUGCUGUGUCCAAUUUGGUUUCUCUCGCUUCCCGACGCUCCUCUGUGCGGUUUUGUCACUUGGUUGAUUCUGCGGUCGCACGUGGGGCCUUGACCAAGGGUAGAUCGCCCUCCCGAGCUUUGCAGCCCUUGAUGAGAAAAGCAGGCGCUGUGUGUAUCUGUGCUGACCUCUACCCUGCUUGGGGCUACUCACCUACUCGCUUGAAUGUCGCAGAUGACCCUACCAGAUGCCGUCAACUGCGGGCUGCAUCCAAGCUGUCUUUGGUCAAGUUCGGCUGUAGGUGGGAUCUCCUGAGGAGUGACGGCUUGAGGGGCCUUCGAAGGUUUGCUGCAAAUUGGGUACGGUUGGUCCUGUUGGCCUCUCUCUGUUCUAGUCAUGCCGAAGCCUUUUCUUUUGGCUAUGGAGGUGAUCUGAAAAGCUUGCCCGGUGAACUCCUUGUCAGUGGCGAUGUUGGAUUUCUGCAUGUUUUGCAACACUCCAUCUCAAAGGCCUCCAAUGGACUUCUCGUCUUCGGUUUCGCAGCUGAGAAAGGUGUUUCCCUCAAGUACCUUUUGGAAGUGAAGCCGCCUGACCCAGAACGCAUAUCAAACCUUUUGAUUGACUAUGGGAGGGCUUUGUAUGCUGGGGGAAAGAGCUAUGGCAUUUUCUCAGAGACGAAAAUUGCAAUAGCAGUCGAGAGGCCGUUGAUCAGGAGGCAGCUCAAUGGUGCAUGGGACCUGGCGUUUGCAUGGUUGUCGGACGAACCGGCACAUCACCAUCCAGCCAUGCCUCUUACGGUCCUUGCUGCUAUGGUUACGACGGCUCCCAUGUGGGGUUGGCCACAUGAAGCGGCAGUUUUGCCCAUUGACUGGACGGGCAUUAUGCGUAUUGGCGAAGUUUUGGCAGCAACAAGAUCGGAGCUGAUUCUUCCUUGUGACUCGGCUCCCGGCACCACCUUCGCCCUUGUUGUCGUUAGACAGCCGAAGACACGGGGCAGGUCGGCUCGCCAUCAAGCAGCCAGAAUCGACCAAGCUGAUGUCAUCCAGUUUUUGACACAGAUGUAUGCACGAGCUGACAGCACAGAACGUCUCUGGCCAUACUCAGCAUCUACUUUGCGGAAAAGAUUAUCUCAGCUGCUUGGUGCACUCAAUCUGCCUGACAAGCGGUGUGCAGAGCACCGCCCUUUUGACCUUGGCUCCCUUAGACCAGGAGGAGCGACAUGGUUGCUGCAUCGUACAGAGCAGCCUGAGCUGGUUCGCCGUCGGGGACGGUGGUUGAGUGCGCGCACAAUGGAGAUUUAUCUGCAAGAAGUUUUGGUUACCACUUUCGAGGAGAAGAUCAGUCCAAAAACCAGGGCCCUAAUUCAUUUGUGUGCUGGUGGAUAUGCUGUUACACUCGAGCGCAUCAUGGUUUUUCUCGAGUGUGGCAUCCCACCAGUUGCAUGGUACUAUCUACUCAGAGGUGCAGAUGGCUUUGAGCGAGACAUCCGAAAGAAUGGUGAUGAUGGUGAAAAAUCCACCUCUCAUGCCAACAACUACCGGCAGGGAGCUCAUACUACUUCCAGUCAAGGCGGCAAAAAGGAAGAGCGGCUACCUGACUUCAGGUUGCCAAUUGGACGUUGCCGGGGUUCAAACCCCCACCCAUGCACAGCACCCAUCCCUUUCUGCACCUCUGAGUGGUGA